AUGCGCCGAGCCGCUGCAGCCCGAGGCCCUGGGCGCGAGCGGCUCAAGCGCCUGCUCGUCCACCUCCGAGACGCCGCGUCAAGGGACGUGGUGGUUAUUGCGAGCAUGAGAACCCCCUCGCAGGGCGACGAGGUCGUCGACCGCAGGAUCGCCGCGAUGAAGAGGGACUACGUCGCCCGGCUGGAGAGGCUGUCUCCGGCGGACGGGCGGAUCCGGUGGGUGGAGUUAGGGUUCAGGGGGUGUCAAGGAUGCCGAGAAGAGGUUGGAUCCCAGCCCCGGGGCCGGCAAGUUCAAGGACAGGUUGCACCCCCAACGACAAGGGGUAUACUUUCAUGGUGGGCCGGGUGGGUUGAGGCCAUCAAGGCUGCAGAAGGGUUGGGAUUGAUCCAAAAGCCGGAUGAGAUCUAG